GCGGUUGAGCCACGUGGCAUUGAAAUUCUAAAUGAAAUUUUUUUUUUUUUUUAUUAGUAUAUGCAUUGCCUAGACAUGUUUAAUUUCACAGUUUAUUCAUCCUUGAUGCAGAAUGUUAAAGUACACCUGUUAUAAUGCGUAGAGACAGAAUUGGUCGACGAAGAAAUGGGAAUGGGCGCGUACGAGUGCCCGUUGUUGAAGCGCAACCACCAGAGAGACGACGCGGAAGGAGAAACCGUGCAGUUGCUGCACCAAGAAAUCAAGAUGUGGGGGCAAUUGUUGGUGAAGUACAGGUACAAGCACCUCUUCCUCUACAAAUCCAGGCUCCUCCUUUGCCAAUUGAAAGACAACCUGCCUUGCAAGGUCCUGUAGCACCAGCAAUGAACGUACAAGCGCCAUUUGCGCAAGUUGAAAUACCAGCUCCUGUGCCAAUGCCUAAUCAAAAUGAUUAAGAAUGGCAAAUAAUCCUACAAGAUCUUGGUCUUCCAUUGAUGGCAUUUUAUGGUACACCGUCAUAGCUAAUGGGGAACCGGAGGGUAAUACAAUUCAACAGACAAGUGUAGGUAAUCGACCAUGCUAUGAUUAUAAUUUCAAGGGAGUUUGUAAUCGUCAAAAUUGUUUUUACACCCAUUUAUGUAUGAAAUGCGGAAUGGCCCACCCUUUCGCUGGCUGUCAACAAGUAAAUAGCAACCAGGCAUAUGCUCGUUCUCAAAAUGCAGCCCGAGGCACAUAUCAAAAUAGAGGUGCUAGAAAUUUUGCACCUAGAAGUCAAACAAAUUUUCAAAGAGGAGCGAAUUUGAAUCAAGGAUUUAGACCUCGAGGAAGCAGAUUCCCUGCCAUUCGAAUGGUCGCACCACAUACAUUUAACAAUUAAAUUUUAUAUUUUUCAGAAUCUGUAAUUAAUCCGUUGGACAUAUGGUGUCUUGGCUUUACUCCGAUCAAUAUCACAGAAUUAAAUAAACUUCUUUUCAAUUACCCAAAUCAAUAUGAUGCAAUGAUAUUAUGCAAGGGAUUUUCUGAAGGUUUUAGGUUAAAUUAUUUUGGACCCCGAUGUAGGAUUGAAUCAAAAAAUUUACAUUCAGUCAUCCAAAAUCCUGGGGUGGCAUGGGAAAAAGUCAUGAGUGAAGUAAAAAAUGGUCGCAUAGCUGGUCCUUUUUUGACUAGACCUAUAUCUAAUCUAAGGUGUUCGCCUAUAGGUGUAAUUCCUAAGAAAACGGGUGGAUUUAGAUUGAUUACGCACUUAUCUUUUCCGCCGAAUUUGAGUGUAAACGACUUUAUUGAUGAAAAAUUUACUACAGUAAAGUAUUCGUCUUUUGAUAAUGCUAUUGAUAUGAUUAAAAGAUUGGGUUCAAAUGUUGAAAUUGGAAAAAAGGACAUUAAAUCCGCCUUCAGAUUGUUAAAAAUCUAUCCGGGGGACUUUGAUCUAUUAGGGUUUAAACUUAAUGAAUAUUAUUUCAUAGAUAAAUCAUUGCCUAUGGGGUAUUCAGAAUCAAAUUGCUUAUUCAAAAAAUUUUCAACUUUUAUUCAAUGGGCUGUCAUGACUGAGUCCAAUUCAGAUAAUCUUGAUCAUUAUUUGGAUGAUUUUUUAUUUGCUGGUAAAAGCAAUACUGAGGAUUGUAAAAAUUUGAUGAAUAGUUUUGAUAGGGUAUGUUGUCGUCUUGGAGUCCCAAUUGCUCAUGAAAAAACAGAAGGCCCAACAACAAAACUUAGUUAUUUAGGUUUGCUUAUAGACACAGAAAAAAUGCUUAUACAAAUUCCGGAGGACAAAGUAUUGGAGUUAAAGUCAAAAAUUAAGUGGGUAUUAGGUAGGAAAAAGAUAACUUUAAGGGACCUACAAUCUUUGUGUGGGUCAUUAGCUUUUUGUGCAAAAGCUCUACCUGCAGGCAGAGCAUUUAGCAGACGAAUUUAUUUGGCAAGUAGUCACGCAAAGAAACCACAUCAUUAUGUCAGAAUCACAGAAGGCAUUUAUCAAGACUUAUUGGUAUGGGAAUUGUUUUUAGACAAAUUUAACGGUAUUAGUUACAUGCUCGACAUUGAUUGGACUUCAAAUUCAGUUUUACAACUAUUUACUGACAGCGCUGGUGGUUCAACAAAAGGGUGUGGCUGCUAUUUCCAAGGUAAAUGGGCUUUUCUUAAAUGGCCUGUAGAGUGGUCUGGUACUGAAGUUCUCAGGGAUAUAUCAUAUUUAGAAAUGAUACCUAUUGCACUAUAUGUUUACUUAUGGGGUAAUCUUUUUCAAAAAAAGAAAAUUUUAUUUAAUUCGGAUAAUAAUGCCGUAGUUGAAAUUUUAAAUAAGAAGACGUCAAAAUCUAUACGAAUUAUGAACCUUGUUAGACACAUAGUAUAUUGGUCAUUAUUAGGCAACUUUCACAUUAAGGCACAGUUCAUUCCUGGUUAUACAAAUAUAAUUGCAGAUUGUAUUUCUCGUAAAAAAUUUCAGAAAUUCAAAAGUCUGGCUCUAACAGCAGAUACACAUCCAGCUACAAUUCCGGAGGAAUUUUGGAACAUUUUAGACCAGAAAUAGCAAAGUUAUUGGACGCCUCGAAUUCUCAGAAUACAUGGAAAACGUAUAAUAAUGGACUGACUUCAUUUGUUUCAUUUAGAUUAAAAGAAGGUUUAGGAAAUACAUGGCCACCCAGUAUUUCGCAUUUAGUUAACUAUGUUGCUUAUUUAUCAAAAUUAGGAUAUGCCCCUGCAACGGUUAAGGUGUACUUGUCAGGCUUAAGCUAUUAUUUACGAAUAAAUGAGCUCACUGAUUUGACUUCAUCGUUCAUUAUGCAAAAAAUGUUGAAAGGAAUGGACAAAUUAUAUGGCGUAGUGGAUAGUCGCAAACCUAUAACUGUAGAAAUAUUAGCUCGAUUAAUAAACUCGUUGCAAUUUGUCUGCUCUUCAGUAUAUGAAUGUACUUUAUUUAGAUCCAUGUUUUCAUUAGCAUUUUUUGCAUUUUUGAGAAUCGGUGAAAUUACAAUUAAUAGAAAUACGCAACAUGUCAUUAACAAUGAUGAUGUCAAUGUUUCACAUCAUUCACAAUCUGCAUAUAUCACAAUUCCCUUUUCGAAAACAGACCAAAAAGGUUUAUCUACAACAUUAACAGUUGAAAGUUUUAAUCAAGUAGAUAUUUGCCCGGUGAAAUUGUUAUUAAACUUUAUUUCAAUCAGACACCAAAACAAUGGACCAUUUUUUUGUCAUUUUAACAAAACUGGUGUAACACGAUAUCAAUUUUCUAGUGUACUAUGCAAAACCAUGAAAUUUAUUGAUUGUAAUCCAAAUGAGUACAACACACAUUCAUUUCGAAUAGGAGCAGCUACACAUUUUGCUAUGAACGGUCAUACUGAUGAAGAAAUUAUGACUUUAGGUCGUUGGAAAUCUGCAUCCUUUAAACGUUAUAUAAGAAUUGAGCUAACCAAAUAACUUAUAAUUUCAGCUUGUCUUAGUAAUGAAAUAUGGAUUAUUGGUUCUUCAAUAAUAUGCAGUGCUCGUGAUCACUCAGAGAACAGACCUUCAGGUAGUAAUUUAGGUCUUUUGAAAAAUAAUAAUUGUUUUUUGCGAUGGGCAGGCAAAUCUGGUAUGAAAUGGGACGAUGUUGUUGGCACAGUUAACAGCAUCAUUAAUUUAUGCAACAAAAUUCCACAUGCGUUGAUAUUGCAUUGUGGUGGGAAUGACAUAGGAAAUGUACCAUGUGGUGCUCUGCUAUAUCAUGUUAAAUUCACAAUAGCAAUUCUGUCUCGCAUGCUCCCAAAUUGUUCUCUUAUAUGGUCAAGCAUUCUUCCCAGGCGAUCAUGGCGUUACUCAAGUGAUGACCAUGCCAUGGAAGUUACAAGAAAGAGAAUAAAUAGGGGAGUGAGAUCUUAUAUACUCAAACAUGGAGGAUACGUUAUCAAAUAUCCAGAUUUUGACGAUUGUCAUCCAGCGCUAUAUUCUGGCGAUGGAGUACAUUUAUCUUUUAUUGGAAAUGAUAUUUUCUUGAAUCAAAUUCAGUCAGCACUAGAAACAUUCAUAAAGUAUCCACAUUGUGUUGUAUUUCCCCACGAUCAUCUUUAAUUUAAAAUAAACAGUUCAUAAUCUAAUGGAUUAAAUACAUGUAUUUUAUGAAAUUUGGUUGUUACAUAAAUGUUGAAUUCGUAAUAUCUUUUAUCAUUUUGAUUGUUUAAAUCAGUUGUAAGUUGAUCGUAGAAUUGGAGAUAACUGAAUUGUCAUGGGUAAAUUUUGUGGCGGAUUAUCAUUCUGUACUAAAGUCCGAUUGAUAAUUUUGGCGAAAUUUACUUCAUUUUAUGCAGACUAUGGAUAGCCCAGCUGCUAAUUCUGAAAUAUUGCUGAAUGGACCGCCCUUCAGUACACCAGCUUUGGAUCGCCCAGCUGUGAUACAAUGAUUAGUUCAAUCGUCAUCAACAUUUUAUUGAUUGACAAAUAUUUUGGUUGUGUACUGUUGUUGUAACAGUUGUUGUUGUUUUAUGAAUGAAUUUUGAUUAAAUGUUGCCAUGACAAUUCAAUAUCCAAACAAAAUCAGUGUUUGUUAAUUGUUGUACUGAAAUACAAAUCAAGGCAUCAAUGGCGUCUGUUCGUCAAUUCUGUUAAUUGGUAAUUUACACCAAGUGGUAUGUUUGAUCCAAUGAUAUAUUCAAUAAUAGAAUUUAAUUAAAUGAAAAUUAAAUUCAUUUAUUGAAUUAACAUAUAUACAUGUAUUGAGACUCGACAAAUCGAGUCGUCCUUUACUCUUAUUAUGCUAAUUUGAGCAUGUGACAGCCGAGUAGUAAAAGUCCGUGCAAUUUAACGGUCUCUUUUACAUUGAAAACUGAACGGAGAGGACGUUAAAAAAUUAAGACCCUCCUCGCCCACCCUUAAGAAUUGAACUUUGUUUGCUGCUGGUUCUAUUUAUUUUUCAGAUGCUCCAGUCUUCAAACACAAAUCCGUCAUGGUAACAUGCUGAAGCAGUCACACAACCGGAGCGAAAUUUACUUCAUUUUAUGCAGACUAUGGAUAGCCCAGCUGCUAAUUCUGAAAUAUUGCUGAAUGGACCGCCCUUCAGUACACCAGCUUUGGAUCGCCCAGCUGUGAUACAAUGAUUAGUUCAAUCGUCAUCAACAUUUUAUUGAUUGACAAAUAUUUUGGUUGUGUACUGUUGUUGUAACAGUUGUUGUUGUUUUAUGAAUGAAUUUUGAU